AAGAAACAAUAAAAAGGGGAAAAGAGAGUGGAGAACAAAGCAGAGAUUUCCAGUCUCCAGCCACAUUCCAUGAGAUACGAAGAUCAGAGGGCGACCUAAUGAUUUCUCGCUGGCACACAAAUGACGAAUUAUGAGAACAUUAUAAAUUUGCCAUUAAACUUUAAUGCAAAUAAUCACGCCGCUGGUAAUAAUGAGAACAAUGCCAAAAUUGCCAUCGUUGGCGAGCAGCUGCUGAAUAAGAUGUCGCAGCGGGAUUUCUCCGAGAAUGAGCCGGAAUGCACGCCGGAGUUGCCCGCUGCAAACCGCGCCCUCUUCCUGGAGAAGGUGCGUCAAUCGAAUGCCGCCUGCCAGAGCGGUGACUUUGCUACGGCCGUACUGCUCUACACGGAUGCACUGCAGCUGGAUCCGGGCAACCACAUCCUGUACAGCAAUCGAUCGGCUGCGUUGCUGAAACAGGGCCAAUUUACGGCCGCUUUGCAGGAUGCGACGCAGGCGAAGGACUUGUGUCCGCAAUGGCCAAAGGCGUACUUCCGCCAGGGCGUGGCACUGCAGUGCCUCGGUCGCUAUGGUGAGGCGCUGGCUGCAUUUGCCUCCGGACUGGCUCAGGAGCCGAGCAACAAGCAGCUGAUGGGCGGCCUGGUCGAAGCCUCCUUGAAGAGUCCUUUGCGUGCGGCACUGGAACCCACGUUGCAGCAAUUGCGCACCAUGCAGUUGCAGGAGUCGCCGUUUGUGGUCAGCUCUGUGGUGGGUCAGGAGCUGCUUCAGGCGACACAGUAUCCGGCGGCGGUAACUGUUCUGGAGGCUGCUCUUCGCAUCGGCAGUUGCUCCCUGAAACUGCGAGGCUCGGUGUUCAGCGCCUUGAGUUCCGCGCACUGGGCCCUGAAUCAGUUGGAUCAGGCCAUUGGCUAUAUGCAGCAGGAUUUGGCGGUGGCCAAAUCAUUGGGAGAUACCGCAGGCGAGUGUCGGGCACAUGGCAAUCUGGGCUCGGCCUACUUCAGUCAAGGCGCCCACAAGGAGGCACUAACAGCGCAUCGCUACCAACUCGUCCUGGCGAUGAAGUGCAAGGAUACUCAGGCGGCAGCGGCAGCCUUGACCUCACUGGGACACGUGUACACGGCUAGCGGAGAUUAUCCCAAUGCCCUGGCCUCCCACAAACAGUGUGUGCAGCUGUUCAAGCAACUGGGAGAUCGAUUGCAGGAGGCUCGGGAGAUUGGCAACGUGGGAGCGGUAUACUUGGCACUCGGAGAAUGUGAAGCCGCCUUGGACUGCCAUUCGCAGCACCUGAGAUUGGCACGCAAGCUGCACGACCAGGUGGAAGAGGCCAGGGCGUACUCCAAUCUGGGCUCUGCUCAUCACCAGCGGCGUCAGUUCACCCAGGCGGCAGCCUGUCACGAGCAGGUACUCCGGAUUGCUCAAGCUCUGGGAGAUCGAUCCAUGGAGGCGGCUGCCUACGCGGGCUUGGGUCAUGCGGCGCGUUGUGCCGGUGAUGCCAGUGCCUCCAAGAGGUUCCACGAACGUCAGUUGGCCAUGGCACUGGCAGCGAGGGAUAAGCUGGGCGAGGGCAGAGCGUGCUCCAAUCUCGGUAUUGUCUACCAGAUGCUUGGCUCCCACGAUGCCGCAUUGAAGCUGCACCAGGCGCAUCUGGGGAUUGCCCGCUCCUUGGGCGAUCGAACCGGCAUGGGAAAAGCGUACGGGAACAUGGCCAGAAUGGCCCACAUGGCUGGAUCCUACGAGGCGGCAGUGAAGUACCACAAGCAGGAACUGGCCAUCAAUCAGGCGAUGAACGAUCGCAGUGCCGAAGCGGCCACGCAUGGUAAUCUCGCGGUGGCCUAUCAGGCGCUGGGUGCCCAUGAUGCAGCCUUGACCCACUAUCGAGCGCACCUGGCCACCGCAAGAGCCUUGAAGGAUACCGCUGGAGAGGCAUGUGCCCUGCUUAACCUGGGCAACUGCCUGAGUGGAAGACAGGAGUACGAGGAGGCGGUGCCUCACUACGAGAGUUACCUGAUGCUCGCCCAGGAACUGGGUGACGUGGCCGCCGAGGGUAAGGCGUGUCAUCUGCUCGGCUACGCUCACUUCUCGCUGGGAAACUAUCGGGCUGCUGUGAGAUACUACGACCAGGAUCUGGCCCUGGCCAAGGACGCCCAGCAUCGACCUAACAUGGGCAGGGCCUACUGCAAUCUGGGGCUCGCUCAUCUGGCCCUGGGGCACACUGCUGCCGCCUUAGAGUGUCAGCAGCUGUUCCUAGCGGUGGCCCAUGCCACCAACCAACUGCCAGCCAAGUUUAGGGCAUUGGGGAACAUUGGUGAUAUCCUCAUACGAACGGGAUCAUAUGAGGAGGCCAUUAAGUUGUAUCAACGUCAGUUGGCUUUAGCCAGAGCUGCUGGAGAUCGUUCCAUGGAAGCAGCUGCCUGUGGAGCUCUGGGAUUGGCCCACAGACUGAUGCGACGUUGGGACAAGGCAUUGGGUCAUCACACCCAGGAGUUGACGCUGCGCCAGGAGCUGGGCGACUUGUCCGGCGAAUGCCGUGCCCAUGGCCACUUGGGAGCCGUGCACAUGGCCCUUUGCAGCUGGACGAAUGCGGUGAAGUGCUACCAGGAGCAAUUGGAGCGUGCUCAGGAGCAACGGGAUGCUGCAGUGGAGGCUCAAGCGCACGGGAAUCUUGGCAUUGCUCGACUAAAUAUGGCCCACUAUGAGGCGGCCAUUGGCUGCCUGGAGGCGCAAUUGGGAACCCUGGAACGCGUCUCCUUACCCUCCACUCAAGCGGAUCGUGCACGAGCGCUGGGACAUUUGGGUGAUUGCUAUGCCGCUCUGGGAGAUUAUGAGGAGGCGCUGAAGUGUCACGACCGUCAGCUUCAGCUGGCCUUGGGCUUGACCAGCCAUCGGGAUCAGGAGCGCGCCUAUCGAGGAUUGGGUCAAGCCAGGAGAGCACUGGGUCAAUUGCCCGCCGCUCUUGUUUGCCUCGAGAAACGUCUGGUGGUUGCCCACGAGCUGCACAGUCCAGAGAUCAAAGCAUUAGCCUAUGGUGACUUGGGUCACGUCCAUGCCGCCCUCGGGAAUCAUGCCCAGGCCUUGAACUGCCUGGAGCAUCAGCGUGAGUUGGCGCAGGGUCUGCAGGAUCGAUCCCUGGAAUCGGAUGCCAUGUGUGCCCUUGGUCAGGUGCAACAGCGAAUGGGGCAACAUGCGCAAGCAUUGGAGCUGCACCGGCAGGAUCUGGAGAUUUGCACGGAACUCUCAGCUCCCGCCCUACAAGCGAGAGCUUUGAGUAAUCUUGGAUCCGUCCACGAAUCCCUGGGCCAGCAGGCAGAAGCCCUCAAGUGCUACGAACGGCAAUUGGAGUUGAGUACGGAUCGCCUGGCAAAGGCAAUGGCGUGCCUGGCAUUGGGCAGGGUUCACCAUCAGCUGGAGCAGCACAAUCAAGCGGUGGACUAUCUGCGGCAAGGAUUAGCCAGUGCUCAGACCACGGGAAAGUCAGAGGAGGAAGCCAAGAUAAGACAUCAAUUAGGUCUUGCCCUUCGAUCCUCUGGCGAUGCCGAGGGAGCCCACAUUCAACUGGAGACUGCCGCCCAACUGCUGGAGUCCGUGCGCCAUGAACAGCGAAGUCCGGAGACGCGGCAGGCCCUCUACGAUCUACAGACCAGUUGCUAUCAGCUGCUUCAAGUUCUCCUGGUGGCACUGAAUCGCAAUGAGGAUGCCCUGGUGGCCGCCGAGCGAUGCAAGGCGCGUGGCGGAGCAGAUGCCGUGAGCGGAGAGGGCUCCAAGGUUCCGUUGGCCGACAGCGAGACCAUUCAAGAGACGGUGGACCGUGGUCGCAGUACCGUACUUUACUACAGCUUGGCUGGGGAUCAACUCUUCACCUGGCUGCUGGAACCACAUGUUGGCAUUGUACGCUUCCAUGCGACCAAGAUCGAUGCCCAUAGCCUGCAGCUUCCUUUGUCCCUCAGUGAGCAAGAGGAGGAGGAGGAACUGGAGAUGGAGAGAGAACUCAAGCUGAACAGGGAUCAGAAUCAGGAGCAGGCUGAAGACCAGGGGACAUCCAAUAAGGCGAAUCGCUUACUGGAACGUUAUAUGAGCUUGGUAAGGGAUAAUCUGGGUGUGAACUCCCAGAGUCUCCUCCACGAAGGCGACGGUAGUGGAUGGCGUGCCAGCACUGAACAACUGCUGGAGGAUCUCCCAGGAGCUGGAGGUUCCGGCGGAGGAGGCUUUCUACGCAUGGUGAGCCGCAACCAGCUGCUCAACUCCUCGAACUACUCGUUGAGUUCGCUUUUCUCGGUGGGAUCGGUCGGUGGCUCAGUGGCCAGCCUGCAAGGCUCGACGAGAUCCGUUGGCAGUCGCAGUUCCCGGAGAGCUCCCGGCUUGCCGGUCUGGCGAGGACCAUCCUGCCUGCACAUCCUGUACAAUCUUCUGCUAGCGCCAUUUGAUGAUCUGCUGCCAGCUGGAGAAGCAGAUACCAUCCGACAAGGCAGAAGGGAGUUGGUCCUGGUACUAGAUAGUUCGCUGUAUCUGGUGCCAUUUGCCAUUUUGAGAGCAGCUCAAGAGGAUGGAGAAUACUUGUGUGAGAGGUGUGCAAUUCUAACAGCUCCCUCACUGCAAUCAAUGCGCAGUCGUCCGAGGAUCAGAAGGGAUCGAGCUCGUCCACCCAAGGCUCUUGUGGUUGGAGGACCUCGUAUCCCAGCCAAUCUCGCAGAGCUCUGGGGUUGGGCUGGAGCUGAAUCGCCUGCAGCCUUGCAGGAGGCCGCCAUGGUGGCUGAUAUGCUGCAGGCCACCGCCCUGGCCGGUUCCAAUGCCACCAAGGAAUCAGUGCUGGCGGAGCUUCCAUCCGCCGAGUGCGUCCACUUUGCGGCGAAUAUCAGCUGGCAGCUGGGUGCAGUUGUCUUGAGUCCCGGCGAUGUGGUUACGGCUGAACAACCGGAGCAAAAGGAGCCGCAUGAGCCACAAAUGACUGAUUUUACGUUGGCAGCUGGAGAAUUGCGACAACUGCGUUUGAGUGCCCGUCUGGUGGUGCUGAGUUCAUAUCACUCCGUGGAACCCAUCACCGGAGACGGGGUGGCACAACUGGCAGGCGGUUGGCUUUUAGCCGGAGCCGGAGUCGUGCUUAUUUCGCUGUGGCCCGUGCCGGAAACAGCGGCCAAGAUUCUACUGCGCGCCUUUUACUCCGCCUUGUUGCAGGGCGCCCGAGCUGCCCGCGCCCUGGCGGAAGCCAUGCAAACUGUGCAGCACACCAAGCACUUUGCACAUCCGGCUAACUGGGCCGGUUUUCUACUGGUGGGCAGCAAUAUCAGGCUAUCGAACAAGGUGGCCAUGGGCCAUGCCCUUUGCGAACUCCUCCGAACUCCAGAGCGUUGUCGCGAUGCGCUGCGCGUCUGUCUGCAUCUGGUGGAAAAGAGUUUGCAGCGGAUCCACCGCGGCCAGAAGAACGCCAUGUACACCACGCAGCAGAGCAUAGAGAAUAAGGCUGGACCGGUUGCGGGCUGGAAGGAUCUACUGAUGGCAGUGGGCUUCCGCGUCGAGCCGGCCGCUAAUGGGAUUCCGGCCAGCGUUUUCUUCCCCCAAGCGGAUCCCGAGGAACGACUGGCCCAGUGCUCAGCCAGUCUCCAGGCUCUUCUUGCCCUGACUCCGGCCACGCUCCAAGCUCUGGGCAAAUUGGUCCAUGUGAAUAGUGCCGAGUAUGCGGGCGACAUCAUUGCAGUGGUGCGCAAUAUCCUGGCCCAGUUUCCGGGCUCCAAUCCCGCCAACAGUUCAAGUUCCACCAAAUCGGAGGCCAUCGCCGAGACUUGCUUCAUUGAGAUGCCGCUGAGUGUAAGACUCUGGAGGGUGGCCGGCUGCCAUGAACUGCUCGCCUCCGUGGGCUUUGAUCUUACGGAGGUGGGUGCAGACCAAGUGAUCCUGCGCACCGGAAAGCAGGCCAAUCGUCGGCAGUGCCAGUUCGUCUUGCAGGCGCUCCUCGCCUUAUUUGACACCCGUGAGGCGCCCAAAAACCUGGGACUGGACCGAGACUCCGAUCACAGCAGCAGCUGUGAGUCUCUGGCGGAACCGGAAAUGGACGUGGCUACAAUUCCACCUACGGCCAGCAGCACUCCCUCCGUAAAUGGUGGUAACAAGGCACCAUUGCCAUUGCAUCCACGCAGUGCCUUCAUUUCAUAUGUACGACGUCGUGGGGAACCAGAUGGCGGACGAACUGAUGCCAUUGGCGGUGCAGGAAGUGGCGCAUUGGAUUCCAGUCUGGCCAAUACCACCGACAGUGAGCACUCCCUGUCGGAUGGCUAUGUCACUCAACCUGGCUUUGGUUUAUCCAAUCCUCGACUUGGCUAUGCCAGCAUGCGAGCGCCGGUGCGAGUUUCCCGACCUGGUGGAGGUGGCGAGAGCGAUGCAGCCUUCACUCCCAGUCCACCAGUGACCGAUCCGAGCUUAUCACUGGCACUGGCCCAUCAGACACGCAUUAGGAGUCUCUACUCCCAGACCAGUUCAGCAGCAAUAGUUCCUCCAGCAUCCACGGCCCUGAAUAGAAGACCCGAUAGUUCCAGCUCGGCCAGCAGCACCACUGAUUGGGAGGGAUCCGGCCAUGCUACGGUACUGAGACGUGGAGUUAGCACAGCAAUCCCCCAACAGCAGCCACCACUACCGCCACCACGUCCACCAACCUUCCACAAUUUGAGCGUGGGUGCAGGAGGACGCAGCAAACCCAAGAUUAAAUUGGGAAGUGCUCAGAGCUCGCUGGCUGCGCGGGUUAACAAAGAGCAUGCUCUGUUUAUGGACCGGCUGAGUGUAAGGACGGAAUUAAGUACACCUGGAAGUGGAAAUGCCAUGACCAGUGGAUCUGCUGCCAGAAAACCCCUUGCUCUGCCCGAGGAGGAGGACGUUUCCAAUGUUGUCUUCAAUCCAUCCAGCUUGUAUUUCUCACAGACGGACUCUGAUCUGCUGAACGAACCCAAGCAGGAGGAGACUCCUCCCCCUUCGAAGUCAAGUACCAAGAGCCUGCAGGACAGCAUGAUGCGCCACAUAAACCGCGAACUGACUCCAAGCAUAUCGGAAAUGUAUCACGACCGAAAUGUGGGCUUAGGAUUGGCUCCACCUCUUUCCAAGCUGCUGUUGAGUCCCAACUAUGAGGAGCAGGAGGUGGUGUCCAUAACUGAGGCCUGUCCACAGUCGGGUGCCAAUCUCAAGACUCUGGUGGACGCUGUAAGCGAGCUGGAGCUGAGUGGCAGCUCAUCCGGAGCCACCAUGCCCACAGUGGUGGGUGGAGGAGCCAAUGAAGUAGAGGGCACCUCGGCUACGUCCGUGGAGAACACGUGCCCCAUUUGUGGUGAGCCCGCCGACGUCAUCUGCCGCUGCAAGGCGGUCACCAUUCAGAAGAAGAGUAUCCUUAAACCCUGGCUUAGCAAUGUGCCGGAUAGCAGUUUGGUACAGGCCAGCGAACUGACCACAGCCGAUAUAUUGGAGCGUCGCCUUGAAAUUCACACGGCCGCGAGUGCCGAGCUCCGCUCAGGAGCUCCAUACUCCGUUGAUCUAUCUCGACGUGAUGAAGGCGAUGGACGAUCGGUAGCCGAUUCCCAAUGCAGCAGCAACUACAAACGAGUUUUGGCCAGUGCCUCCGGAGGAGCCCUAAGCCUAGCGGGCAUUGGAAAAGGAGGCGAGGCGGAAGCGCAGAGUGCUUCCUCGGGAGCAACCUGCUCAUCUGCUCGCCUUGUCUAGAGCUACUCGAUCCCUCGUUGUAUUCAAUUACUAACUAUAUUUAUUUCUUUCAUAGUCUUCAUUAAACUGAUUUAACGCAUAACUUAUAUUCAUU